AUGGCGCGACGUCGCGCGCGUAACGAGAAGCCCGCCGAGGUGGUGGAGGAAGAAGAAGUGGUCGAACAGGAAGAGGAAGAACAACAACAAGAGCAGCCUGAGGAAAACGGCCAAGGAGCUUCAGAAAAUGAAGAGGAAGGCGAACAACGCAGCCUGGAAUUCGACGAGGAACUUUCCUGGAAACCCGCCAAACCAAUUCCCACUGGCACCUUGAUAAAGCGACUGGACAAGCUAUCCAAGGAGCUGUCUGAGCUUGACCAAGGCGCUACCGACCUUGAUUCUCUUGCAAACGUUGCCAAACAGUUAGGUCAUCGCAACUUACUUCAGCACAAGGAUCGCGGCGUCAAGGCAUAUACAGCAUGCUGCCUGGUCGAUAUCCUGCGACUCUGCGUCCCUGACGCACCCUUCUCUGACGACCAGCUCAAAAUGAUGUUCACUCUGUUCAUUAAAGAUAUCCUGCCCGCUCUCCAUAACCCCACGAACCCAUAUGACAGCCAGCACAAAUACGUUCUUACAUCUCUAACUGAAGUCAAGAGUGUUUUGCUUCUUCACGAAAUAUCCGGAGCCGAUGAGCUGCUUGUGCGACUAUUUAACAAUGCGUUUGACGGUGUAGAGACAUCUGGCUCCAAGGCAGCCACUGAGGAGCAGGUCGCCAAAGAUGUCGAGCUUCAUCUGACAGAGAUGCUCAUGCAAUUGAUUGAUGAGUCUGGUGGCGUAUCACCACAGGUUGUCGAUGCUAUCAUCAGUCAGUUCUUGAGAGCCGCUCCUCCAGGGGGCAAUCGAAACAAGGGACAGAACGGAAACCAGUCCACACUCCUUCUCAAGUCUGAGCCACCAGCCUACGUUAUGGCCAAGAACAUCUGCAAUGGGUGUUCUGAUAAGAUGGCUCGCUACGUGAGUCAAUACUUUAGCGAUGUCAUCUUCAAUGCUUCUGGAUUCGCAACCAAAACCAAUAGUCAUCGACAAACAGAUGAUUCUGAUGAAGAAGAUGCCACUACAGGUCCAUCUGAUGCGGACCUAAAGAGUCUUCGUCAAGCUCAUUUACUCAUCCGCGAGCUGUGGAGAGCUGCGCCUGCCGUUCUACUCAAUGUAAUUCCACAAGUCGAGGCCGAACUUUCCGCCGAUAACGUCCAUCUUCGUCAGAUCGCGACAGAGACUAUAGGCGAUAUGAUUUCAGGCAUCGGUGCUGCAGGGCCUCCUCCUCGACCUACUCUUGAUCCAUUAGCAUAUCCUCCGUUGAAACUACUAGACGAGGUUCCAGGCCCGGCCGUGGAGAAUGUCCUAACAAAGCCUUACUCUCCUCAGUCUUUUGCCCAGACGCAUCACGCUGCCUACCGCAACUUUGUUGGGCGAAGAAACGACAAGACAGGCAUCAUCCGCACCGCUUGGGUCACUGCUUGCGGUUACAUACUGGCUACCUCAGCAGGAGGUAUUGGUCUGAGCCGUGAGGAAGAGAACGAGCUCGUCAAGGCUCUGUGCGACAAGUUGAACGACAGCGAAGAGAAGGUCCGGCUUGCCGCAGUACAGGCCAUUGAGCUUUUCGACUUCCGUGAUAUCGUUCUGAAGCUGGGUGCCCUUGGUGGUGUAGACAAGCCCGGCUCCAUAUUCGCUAGCUUGGCAGAUCGAUGCCGUGAUAGAAAGCCAGCUGUUCGUGUUGACGCCAUGGUUCUUCUAGGCAAGCUUUGGGCAGUUGGUGCAGGUGAGAUUGCCGAUGAGCAAGAAGCUGUCACAUCUUGUCUCGGUGGCAUCCCCUCCCGUAUCCUCAACGCAUUCUACAUCAACGAUUCUGAUCUGAAUGUUCUUCUGGAUCGUGUCAUGUUCGAGUGCCUGGUUCCUCUAAAGUACCCAGCUAUCAAGGGUGCCAAAUCGAAGUCAACCUCUCAAUCCCAGAGUGCCAACAACCAGGCGGAGCAGGACAAGAUUCGUUCAGAGAGAAUCCUGCUGCUUCUCAAAUCCCUCAAUCCUUCAGCCAAAACAGCAUUUUUCAAUAUGCAGGCUCGCCAGCCUCAGGUCGCCAAGGGAGUGGAAAUCUUCCUUCAACACUGUGAAAUAUAUAACGGCGGUGUCAUUGAUGGCAACGAGGAAAAGGUCAAGGCCGCCUUGAGCAGGAACUUCCAGUGGUUUGGCACAUUCUUCCCUGACCCGCUCAAAGUUCGCAGCGACUUGCAAAAGUUUGCGAAAAUCAACGAUCGCCGUUGGUACCAGCUGAUCAAAUACUGUGUGAACACUGACACAGAGUACAUGAAUGUCAGGCGAGCCAUUCACGAGUUGGUGACCAAGAUUCAGGCAAGGCCUGAAGCUGCCGUUUGUCUUGAUACUCUCGUUCCUCUAUUAUAUCGCGCCAGCUCUUUGAUGUACAACCGAAGCCACCUUGCUACUAUCAUGGACUAUUCCAAGAACGACAAAGCAGGCUUCUCGACUGUCGCCCACGAGAUCUUGAAUGACAUCUCACAACGAAACCCUGAUCUCUUCAAGGCGCACUCGGAGAACCUACGGAAGGAGAUCAUUUCACAAGCGCCUUCAGAGAGCCAGCCCAAUGAACCAGGCGUGGUGGAUAUCCUCAAGGCAUAUUCAUCGUACUCAAAGAGGUACCCUGACGACAUUACCUAUGACAAGAAGUUCGUCCAAGUGCUCAUGAACUAUGCCUUGUAUGGAACUCCUGCCCGGAGUGCCAAGUAUGCCGUCAAGAUUUUGCUAGCCAAGAACGAUGAUAAGAGCAAGGUCACCGCAACUACUCUCCUGCAAAGGGUCAUGAAAGAUUUGAAAUAUGGCUCACCGCAUUUCUUAACGAGAUUGGCCGCAGUCAGCCAACUGGAACGUAUGGCACCGACUGUCACUGUAGACUUUGAUGAUAAGAUCAACGAUCUGACAAUCAAGCAAAUUUUACGGCAGGUCCGGACAGAAGAGGAGAAGGCCGAGGUCUCAUGGGUUGAAGAUGAGGAGAUGAACGAAGAACUUCAGGCAAAAUGCCUGUCGAUGAGGACAUUAGUCAACCAAGCACUUGCCAACCAGGAUGAUAAGGAUGCUGUGGUUCGUGUAAAGCUUGUCUUCAAGCUUCUGAAGGAAAUUGUGGUUGCAGAAGGAGAGUUCUGUAAAGUCAAGGACACUCCGCUAGCCCACAAGAAGCGUCUCAGGCUCCUUGCUGGACUCAUGAUCUUGAAGUUAUGUACUGUCAAGAAGUAUGAUGACGAGUUUGAUCCUGCCAGUUUCAACAAACUCGCCGAGCUCAUUCAAGAUACUGAGCUUCAAGUCCGUCGAAUUUUUAUGGAAAAGCUACAGAGUUACAUCACCCAAGGAAGAUUACGAGCGAGAUUCUACACGAUGCUCUUCCUGGCUGCAUUUGAGCCGGCUGCAGAGCUCAAGACCCGCGUUGAGACGUGGUUGAAGUCCCGGGCCCGACUUUUUGCUGAGAAUAAGACGCGCGUACUGGAGGCCAUGAUCAGCCGUUUCAUUCCUUUGCUGGCUCACCAUCCUGACUACAGCUCUGACGUUGAUGAUCUAGCUGAUUUUGCCAACUACUUCAUCUUCUACCUUAACGCGUGCGCAUCAGAGGACAAUAUUUCGCUGAUCUACAAAUACGCGGAACGUGUCAAGCAAACACGAGACGCACUCAACCCUGAAGCCAGUGACCGGCUUUAUGUGCUGGCCGACGUCGCUAUGGCAGUCACACGCAAGUGGCAAGAAAGGAGGAACUGGGUCUUUCAGGCUUAUCCAGGCAAGGUUGGUCUACCAAGCGGUAUCGUUCAGACUUUGCCUUCCAGCGAAGCCGCACAUGAGAUUGCCCAAAAGCAAUACAUGCCAGAAGAAUUGGAUGGGAAGCUGGAUGACCUGCUAAGAGCUCUGGAUCGCAAGAAGAAGCGAAAGUCAAUGGGCGAAAAGCAGGACCCGCCAGCAAAGAGGGCGAGAACUCAAAUUAAGACGGUGAUUAGAGAAAAGCGAGAGCCAAAGCCAAGGACGCCCAAGGCCAAGGCCUCAAAACCUAAGAAGUCCAGACCGGCUAGAGAUUCUCCGCCUCCUUCAGAGCGUCGUCGCAGUGGUCGAGCACAUAAGAUAUCCACUUACACUGAGCGAGAUGAUGAAGAAGAUGAAGAGGAGAUGCUAGAUGGUGUUGCCGAGUGGGAUUAUGGAAAUGAGAGCAAGUCUGAUUCGGGCAAUGAGGAGUCGGAGCUGUCAGAUGCUCCCGAGGUUGAGGAAGCAGCCGACAACGACAACCCAUCAGACGACGAAGAUCCUCCAGCCCCGGAAGAGGACGAGCCUGAACAGCCUAAAUCCAACGGGCGCAAUUCCGCAGCUGAUUCGAAGAGCAAGACAACCACCAAGUCAACUGCGAAGGCCAACGUUGCCGCCGAAGCAAAGCGACCAACUAGGGCAACGAGAUCACGACGGGGCAAGGACGCAGAAGAUAUGGAUGUUGAUGCCGAGGAGUAG